CUGACGCCGUGAAACCCCGAGAAAAAACGCCGCCGGCUCGGGGGGCUAGCAGUUUGCGAUACCCUUAGUGGUGGUGUUGUUUUAUACCGGGGGGAUCUGGGGGCUGGUGACUUUCUUUACGCACCGAAGGAGUCCGACAGCUAAGCGAGCAAAGAAGCGGUACAAAGCGGGGGUGAGCCACCAGCUACCGGCAUGGCCAGGGACUACGAUUACCUCUUCAAGCUGCUCAUCAUCGGUGACAGCGGAGUGGGGAAGAGCAGUCUCCUCCUGCGAUUUGCAGACAACACAUUUUCAGGUAGCUAUAUCACCACGAUCGGCGUGGACUUUAAGAUCCGGACAGUGGAGAUCAACGGCGAGAAGGUGAAGCUACAGAUCUGGGACACAGCAGGGCAGGAGCGCUUUCGCACCAUCACCUCCACAUAUUACAGGGGAACGCAUGGGGUCAUAGUGGUGUACGACGUCACGAGUGCCGAGUCCUUUGUCAAUGUAAAACGAUGGUUACAUGAAAUCAACCAGAACUGUGACGACGUGUGCCGGAUAUUAGUGGGAAACAAGAACGACGACCCCAACUCCAAGGUGGUCGAGACGACUGACGCGCAGAAGUUUGCAGAGCAGAUGGGAAUCAGCCUUUUUGAGACGAGUGCAAAAGAGAACAUAAAUGUUGAAGAGAUGUUCAACUGCAUCACGGAGCUAGUGCUAAAAGCCAAGAAGGAGGUACUAGCCAAGCAGCAGCAGCAGCAACAGAACGACGUGGUCAAACUCACCCGGAACAGUAAACGGAAGAAAAAGUGCUGCUAACAAACUCAAAGCCAUCCACAGAAAGGCGGGCGGCGCCUUCACAAGCGCAUACACACACACACGCACACAUACACACAAUGGGACUCAGAGCAUCUAAAUUAAAGAGCAGAUAAAGAUUUAAUAAAUAUAUGGUGAAAGAUUUAAAAAAAAAAAAAUGAUGGCAAAAAUGUCCCCUUUGGACAAACUAAUCAUGAAGACUUAAAAAAAAAAAUUGUACAGAUUUUAUUAGACGUCAGAUCAAGUUUUAUUUGGAAUUCAGCAGGUGGGCACUGUUGACCUGAGGUCCUCCUUUUUGUUCAAGGAUCUGCAAGCUGACAACUGACCGCCACAACGCUCCGAUUUAUACCCACUUAAACCCCGUUUUCUUGCAUCAAUAUUUCAUCUCUCCUCCUCAUUCCACUGCACACGGGACAUUCAGAGUCGAGUCUGGCUCUGUGCCUGAGGAGAAGGAGGGCUCACCUUUCCUGGAUUUAUUUUCUUUCUAGUUUUAUGGUUAUUUUGGGGUGGGUGGGGGGAGGGAUGGUGUGGUUGAGAGGAACAGGUGUCUAAGCAAGAGUGGAAGUUUCUCACCUGAACAUUUUUGUGUUACCAUGGUUCACGCCAAGAGAUCACGAACUGUUAGAUUUUGUUUUAUUUGACUUAAUGGGGGAAAAAUCACAUGGAGGAGGAGAAGGAUUAUUGGUAGGCAACCUUUAGCAACUAAUCUGAUGGACAGAAGUGGUGAUGUCUUUUUUUUUUUUUUUUUUUUUUUUCUUUCUGUAUUUUGCCAAGUUUCCCCCUGUAUCCUUUCUAACUUCCAGUAGAGCUGAGCCAUCCGUAAUAGAUUUUUUUUCCUUUGAGUGCAGCAGAGCAGUUGAACCACUCUCGGAGCUCCAGGAUGCUAUGCUCUGGCUGUACCUUUCACUGCAGUCUUACUAUGCUUUCAGAGUUUGCUUUAAAACCUUUUCCCCUAUUUUUUUUUUUUUUUAACAAUGUUACUGCCAAUAUUAUUAAAAAAUAUAUAUUAGGAGCUCAGCAGCGCCUCUCAUUGGAUUGUUGCCAUAGUGGCCCUUGGUUAACCAAGAGGCUGGGUGGAUCAUGGCCUGAUGAGACCUUUUUGAGUCCUCAGGAAGCACUCCCUCCAUCCCUCUCCCUCUUUACUUCUGUUUUCCUGCAGCGACUAGCCUUCUCUCCCCCAACACCCACAUAUCAGCACCUCUCACAGCGGUGGACUCGCUUCCUGCAUUUAGUCCAACAGCAGUGCAUGGAAGCUCUUUGCCAAGACCCCCUCCCCAAUCCAUUGCGGACUGUGGUUUUUGACCUUGUUUUUUGAGCAUGUAACACUUUGUUUGACUGGGGUGUGUAUAAAGGUGAUGACAUGCAUUUAGUAUUCAAACUGUUGUGGAUUUACUGCGUUUUCUCAUCAUGCAGAAUAUUCUUAACAGUCGACUAAAGCUUCAAGUUUUACGUUUAUCUCUUUGCUCUUCAUGGUCACGACCUCUACUACCUGCUCAAACUGAAGUAUUACAGGACAGUGUUUUUGGCAACCCUCCAUGUCGAGAGUGUGGCACACAGUGGGACUGUUGGUGUAAGAACAAAUGGGGAUGAACUGCAGCACUGGAUCCGCUCCCUCUCCGCCAGGAAUUGUCACAGAGGCCGAAGCAUUGUACAAUGUCUUACUGACAUAAUUUUUUUUUUUUCUUGAAUUGGGAGAGUUUCAAGUGGAGAGAGCUAGAUGUUGCUUAAGCUUCUUUGGAAACGUUUAGUUUUCAUCCUCUGGGCAGACUCUGGCAGCUGGUUUGGGAUCCCGAUACGUGUCGAAAGGUCAUCGCAACCUCAAGGGCCUCGAAAUGAUAUCAAAUCUCACACUUUAUGAUUUCUCUUCAUUAUGUGUAUGUAUAUAUAAAUAUAUUUGUGUGUUUAUAUUCAAUAUAGAACAUACACACAUGAUUGGCACACCAACUGCACAUGUGUUAAACAUGUGCCGUGUGCUGUGGUUGAAAGACACUUGUCAGCUGUGGUUUGCUGUACACUGGAGAAAAAGAUGUACUAUUCAUUUUUCCCUACAUGAAUUUAAUCAGUAAUAAACGUUUUAAAAGAAUAAAUAUUUGACACGUAAUGACUGAUCUCAUUUAUCAGCAGUUUGAGGCUCAAGGCCUGACUUGAGUUUAAACCUGUGUCUUUAUUUUUGCCUUUCUCUGAAUAAAAUUUUAAUGGGGGAGAGAGUGUGUGUGUGUGUGUGUGUGUGUGUUAUGGUGUGGAAAAUCUGUUACUACUGUGUGCUCUUAUGUUGGCUUAUUGGUAUUCAUUUAGAGGAUGUUUAGGGCCAGUUAAGGAGCAACAAGUGUCAAAGACAGUCAAAAGGGAGCAGAUGCCCUCAUCUUUAACAUCAUUACUAACCUCAUUCCUGUUUGCUUUUCCAGUACAGCUCGCUUUGCUUGUCACUGUGUAAUGAGACCGAUUUGAUCAUUUUCUUAAUUAAAUGUUUAUUUUCUGUUUUGUAAGCUAAGACUGUAGUUUGUUGUGCUCUGUAUGUCUG